AUGCGGAACAACCGGUACCAUCAGGUAUAUGGAAUUCCGUGUGAGCGUGCUGCCUUGUAUGCGGCAGAAACGGAUGACUAUGUUAGAAGAGAAGGUGAACGUCAGUCGUAUGUUGAUCGAGCAUUAAGAGAAGGUGUUUGUGGAGAUUCCGAAUUAGCUAAACACAUGGUAAGAGGUCGUGGUGGUUCAAGAGGUCGUGGUGGUUCACGAGGACGUGGUGGUUCACGAGGACGUGGUCGUGGAAGGGGUACUGCACGUAUAGGGCGUGGGGCUGCAAGAGGACGUGGUAGAUUUCGCCGUUCAACAGCCAACAGACAGCCAAGAUCAACCUCGCCAAACGCAGCAAAACAGGCUGACCUUGAAUUAAAUUUGAACAUUGAUAUUGAUCCAAAACCAUACUUCACAAAUUCUGGCGUUACGAUAGAUCAUCACAUAGAAGCACAAAACAAAAAUCUUUCUCGUUACCUGGCUGCGUUAUUUGCCCUUGACAUCAAUAGUGUCGAGGUUUUACAAAAAUCAAAGGCAUGUGCUCUAGCCGCUGCCUGGUGUAGACACGAUCAUAAAUUGGCAAAUAAUCUAUUGAGACAUCGGCGAUUAUUUACACUAACAGAAGUACUGAAAGCUGUAAAUAUGCUGGAUGCCGCUCGUCAAAUACGUGUUCAUGAAAAACAAUUAAAACGUCUCGAAUUAUCAAAAACAAAACCAAAAGUGACUAAACUAGGAAAAAUUAAGAAUAACAUUGAUAAUUUAAGUAAAUUAAAACCACUGUCUGGUAGUGCUAGUGGCGCUGUUGCACGUCAUAUUCAACGUUGGGCACGUACACUGACAGCCGCAGAAUUAGAAUACUUCGCUUUACAUAUGCCAAUUGAACCGUGGAAAAAAUUGGCUGAUAUUGUUCAUUUUAAUCCGACAAAGGAUUUCCCUGCUUUGCCGUGGUUUUUACCCUUUUGUUUUGGCACUGCUGCUCCACCUGAAACUAUGGUUGCUCAGUGUCGAAAUUUAACAGCUGAAAAUGUGAAUACGCUAUUAAAAGAAUUCAGUAUACCUUAUUCACAUCUGAAACAAUUCAAAGAACAUUUAACCGAAGAUUCAAAAGCAAAAAUAGCAUUGAAAGAAGAAAAAUUAGAUACAAUUUUGUGGUAUUAUGAAGAUUUACGAUGUGAUGCAGUUGAUGAUGUAAUUAGUGAAAGAUUGCAACAGAAUGAAAAAGUAACAUUACCGUAUGGAAAAUUGAUGGAACGAUUAUUAUUGGUGAGAUUGAUUCGCGAAGGUAUAAAUCCAUCAGAACGCAGACGAACGACCAGAAAUCAGCAGCAACAAUUGGACAAAGCGAAAUUUUAUACCGAUUUGUUACCAAUGGCUGAAGAACAAUUAGCAAAAAUAAAAUUACCGCUCGAAUCACCAGUCGCAGUUUUAGCUGAUGCCAGCGGAUCGAUGGAAGUUGCGAUUAGAACAGCGACAAUUUUAAGCAGUUUACUCACUGCAAUUUGUACUGCAAAACUGACAUUUUUUAAUGACAAAAAUUUCCUACCAGAAUUUAUUCCUAAAACAAUAGAGGAUGUUUUAUCGUUAGCCAUUGCGACCAAGGCAGAUAACUCAACUGCGCCAGCAGCUAGUUUAGUUCCUUAUUACGAUGCCAAAGAAGUUAUUAAAACAUUUAUUAUUGUCACUGAUGAGGAAGAGAAUGCCAAUGGUACAAUCCGUGAUGGUACACAAAUGAGAUUUCAUCCGUUGUUCAUGAAAUAUCGAGCUGAGGUUUAUCCAGCUAAAUUAGUGUUCAUCUCAUUUUUGUCUCAUCAACAUGCACAAGGUCAAAUGUACGAUGAAUUCAUUCGUGACAAUGUUCCAGAUGUAUUGCAGUUCAAAUUCAAUCGUGAGCGCCCGGAUUUGACUAAAAUUGAUAAUUUAUUAGGCUUGUUAUCAACAGGUGCAUCCGAAUCAUUCGACAAGAAUCUUGAACCAUUGCAAGAUGAAUUUCAGAAAAAUGGAAUUGAAGCGGUUAUUUCCAGUCUUCUAAAUAAAAUAGAAAACGCUACACCGAUGGACGUAGAAACUGCCUCAUAA